AUGUCCUCGCAACGCCCAACGAAUCCACCACGACUACGUGCCAACACUGAUACAGAUGUCGUUCAGGCCCCAGCUGAUUACGAUGUGGGCGACACUACUGCGCCUCAUAGGGCAAGGUUAUACCAUCUUUUUGGACUCAUUGACAAGGAGUUCGACGCAUUAUUCGCAGAAAAUUGUGCCCUUCGUGCGAAAAUUGAAGCGCUUGAGGCUGGAACUGAUGGCGAUGUCACGGCAUUGCAAUCUGAAUCGUUCAGUGCUGCCAACGAGAGCAUGAAAGGCGGUGGAGGAAGAAAAGGUUAUAAAGUGUCUUGA